CCUUCCUGAAGAUAGCUGGGAUAGGCUCAGGCACUCCUGCGACCCUUGUGAGGAUAAGGGGCUCCUAUAAUGGAUGGACGAUUCUAAUAUAAAUUUUUAUUUUGAAGGUGGCUUUCACCGCAAGUUGGCGACUUAUUAGCGUAAUGCCAAGAAUUAACAAAAGAAGGGGCAGCUUGCUUCUCGCAGUGUUGUGACAUUGCAGGGGUGAAUCUAUUUCUUCACAUAUCUGUAUGGUCGUGUCACUUCCCUAUAUGUCAAGGAGGCACCCUUCAUCUCUCCUUGCCUUGUGUUGUAUUUCAUCAAAGGAAUUAGGCAUCUUUUCCUGACUUCCUGGGUCUGGCCCCACUAUGGCCCGAUGUUCUUCAGUACUUCAUCUGUCUCACUUGGGUUUGAGACUUUGUGCACCUCUUUCCACUCAUUUUCCAUCAAAUUCACAUAUAUUUGUUGCAAACACUUACUCCACCAACAUCAAGGUACGUUCCUACUUUAAGUACAUUAAGCAAAAGAUUCUAUCUCCUCCCAGUCCUCCGUUCAAUCACGUGUGUCAGGUAGGGGACCCAGUGCUGCGAUCAAGAGCUGUAGCAGUUGACCCUGCAGCUAUUAAAGGGCCUGAGGUCCAGAAGGUAAUAAACACUAUGGUCAAAGUCAUGCGUAAAUUUGAGUGUGUUGUUAGUGCUCCUCAGAUUGGGGUGCCACUUCGAAUCCGCCUAGAGUAUCCUCAGAAGAUGUUGGCUGAGCAUUCAUCUAUAUCUAGGAAAGUUCAUGGACUCACCAUUCAACCACUGAGAAUAUUUGUCAACCCAGAGCUAAGAGUGUUAGAUUGGCAGACAGUGCUUUUUCAAGAGGCCUGUGAGAGCAUCUCUGGCUUUUCUGCUACAGUUCCACGUUACCUAUCUGUGGAAGUAUCUGGUCUGAAUGAAAAAGGAGAAGAUAUAACUUGGCAAAGCAGUGGUUGGCCAGCUCGAAUCAUGCAGCAUGAGAUGGACCACUUGGAUGGGGUACUUUACAUUGACCACAUGGACAGCAAGACCUUCAUCAAUGUCAACUGGCUAACAUACAAUGAAUAAAACAGAGACCCAAUCAAGCAAAAAAGUGUUUUGAGUCUUAUCUCUGAUGUAAACAAAUAUUGGAUACAAGCAUAAAACAAGGGCCUUUUCUCCAAAACGUAACUACUACUCCUUAUUCCUUGGACUGAAGAGUAAGCCUUGAAACGAGUCAUUAUUGAAUUUGGGGGUGGCUCUACAGGGGUGCUCAAUGCAUCGAUCGCCGAAGCAGUUUUGGUCAAUUGCGUGAUGGCGUGCAAAAAAAAAAGAGCCCAUCAUCAAUCUAGUUGCUUGAUUCAGGUGUGGCCAAUACGUCAAUCAUGCGUACAUAAAGGCGCAUUCUAGCAAGCUGGCGUCCUAUAUAUUUAUUAUUAUUAUUUAUUAACUAUUUACCGUCUCUUGCUUUCUCCAGUCACGGUCACCCUAACCCACCCCCAAUGGUAGAUCGUGAGAGGCUGGCAACUUGAAAAGUACAUCUUGGGGUAAAAAUCUAGACCCCAAUGUUCUAUUUUCUUACAAACAUUAGUUUGAUUUUAAACUGCAUUACAGUUUUUGUGUUUUAUUGAGAAAAAAAUAAUGCUUUACAUUUCAUAAAACAAAGAAUGGCUGGAAUGGAAAGAAGAGCUUGCAUUACCCAAUUUAGUACAGUGAAUACUCUGUUCUUGAACAAAUUGGUUUUCGAAUGAAAAUUUCGAGAUGCAUCUGUUUUCGGAUGAAAAUCCAAUGAUCGAAUGCCCCCGAAAAAAAAAAAAACUGAAGUAACAUAACGCGCGCGACCCAACCAGCUGACCCACGACGCGCUUUGUUAUUGUGAAUUGGAUAGCCCCGAAAAAACCUGGAAAUGACACGCGCGGCCCAAACAGCUGACACACGACGCGCUUUAUUGUCUAUAAUGCAGUCUCUGUAUGCAGACAUGUCCCUGUAGCUACACUGUUUACUGUUUUUUUUUAUUAUUAUUAUUACUGUUGAUGACUAUUCACCCCCAAUCAUGGCUCCAAAGAUGUGACACAAGAUAAGUUCUUUGGGAAAAGAACUUCCAUGGGGCAAGUCACUCCCACCGAAGAUAUUUGAUAGUUUUGCAUUGAUUUUUGUUUUUUUCUUGUGAACUUUAAUAAUACACUGUUCCUUUAGCAUUUCUGCAUUCUGUUUCAAAGAUUUUAACUUGAGUUACGAGUUGUUUUUGUUUGUUUCUUUUUGUAAAAACGUUUUUUUUUUUUUUGCUUUUUUUCCCGUCAUUAUUAAAGUUGUCAUUAUUAAAUUGCUUUUUAAAGUUAUUUUGCACUUUUGUUCAUAAAUGUAAAUGUAAUAAAAAAUGUUUACAAGGCUGGGGGCCCAGUCGCUUCAGAUACGGCAAUGCACUCCAAGCCUUGCCUACUCUGCUAAUAAAGAAUACAUUUUAAGCAAAAAAUAAAUACAUUUCUUAAAAUAUUUCAUUAUAUAAAGUAUGUUGUAUAUAUAUGUAGAUAGUAGUUUCUACGAUGCAGUUUAUUAUCAGAAAAAGUGAAAAAAAUUACUUUAAAAGCCUAUUUUUUUAGGCAUGGAACACAUUUCUUUUUCCAUUAAUUGUAUUGGGAAAUAUCGAUUCGGAUUGCGAACAAAUCACUUCUCGAACCACCUUCUGGAACCGAUUGUAACCGAGAACUGAUUGUGGUUGAGAAUUUUAUAUCUGUUUGGCAUAAAAUUAGCUGUCCAGUCUAAUUUAUUUGAGAGCACACAGAGGUGAAGGUGGGAUUGCAUCAGGGAUCAGCUCUGAGCCCCUUCCUGUUUGCUGUGGUAAUGGAUAGGCUGACAGAUGAGGAUAGACUGGAAUCCCCUUGGACCAUGAUCUUCGCAGAUUGAUGUUGUGAUAUGCAGUGAAAGCAGAGAGCAGGUGGAGGAACAAUUAGAAAGAUGGAGGCAUGCACCGGAAAAGAGAGGAAUGACGAUUAGCUGAAGCAAAACGGAAUAUAUAUGCAUGAAUGAGAGGGGUGGAGGGGGAAGAGUCAGGCUACAAGGAGAAGAGAUACCAAGGGUGGACAACUUCAAAUAUUUAGGGUCAACAAUCCAGAGCAAUGGUGAGUGUGGUAAGCAAGUGAAGAAACGGGUCCAAGCAGGUUGGAACAGCUGGCGAAAGGUGUCUGGUGUGUUAUGUGACAGAAGAGUUUCUGCUAGGAUGAAGGAUAACGUUUGUAAAACAGUGGUGAGGCCAGCCAUGAUGUACGGAUUCAAGACUGUGGCACUAAAGAAACAACAGGAAGCAGAACUGGAGGCGGAAGAAAUGAAGAUGUUGAGGUUCUCGCUCAGAGUGAGCAGGUUGGAUAGGAUUAGAAAUGAGCUGAUUAGAGGGACAGCCAAAGUUGGAUGUUUUGGAGACAA